UGCUUUAGUGAUGGAGACAGAGAAGGAAGGCUAUGGAUGGAAGAAAUAACACACCUGUGACCUAUUUCAUUUUGAUUGGACUGUCAGAGUAUCCCAGGGCUCAGGUCAUCUUCUUCUGCCUGCUCCUGGUGUCCUAUCUUGUCACCUUGCUAGGGAAUGUCCUUAUUCUCUUCUUAAUUCAUUAUGAUUCCCGUCUCCACACACCCAUGUAUUUCUUUCUCAGCAACUUGUCUUUCUUGGACAUCUGCUACACUUCAGCUAGUGUCCCUCAGAUGAUCAUUAAUUGUUUAGUCAGAAUUCCCGUCAUCUCCUUUGGCCAAUGCUUGACACAGAUGUGUGCUGGGCUCUACUUGGGGGUUGUGGAAUGUCUCCUGCUGGCUGUCAUGGCCUAUGACCGUUGCAUAGCCAUUGGUGACCCUUUGCGCUACUCAGUGAGGAUGGGUCCCCAGCUCUGUAUCCAGCUUUCAGUAGGGUCCUGGGUAUCAGCCUUUGUCCUCACUGUAAUCCCAACCCUUACCACACCACUAGAAUUCUGUGGCCAGCACAUCAUUAACCACUUCUCCUGUGAGCUAUUGGCUGUCAUUAAAAUUGCUUGUAAUGAUCUGAGAUACAAUGAAUAUUUUAUGAUGGCCUCUAGUUUCCUUACCCUCCUGGUGCCCUUUGCCUUCAUCCUUGCCUCCUAUGGACGCAUCCUCAGGGCUGUGCUGAAGAUGAACUCAACUAAGGGUCGAAAGAAGGCUUUCUCCACCUGUAGCUCCCACCUCACUGUGGUAGUUAUUUUCUAUGGCACAGCAAUCUCCAUGUACAUGAUGCCCCAAGACAAGGCCAGCAGGGACCGGGACAAAAUUAUCUCUAUGCUGUAUGGUGUUGUGACACCCAUGCUCAAUCCCCUUAUCUACAGCCUCCGGAACAAGGAUGUGAAGGGGGCCUUACAGAAACUAUGUGGGGAGAAGAAUGCCCCCUGA